AUGACCUGGAUCGUCAGAGGUGGCCAACAAUUAGAAUUAGAGGAGUGCGGGCGGGCGGGCGCUGGGCGGGCGGCGGCGCGCGGCGCGUCAGUCGGCGUCCGCGUCCCGCGCCUCGACGUCGCUGCCGCGCUGCGCGCUGCUGCUGUCGAGCUCAUGAGUGGCGGGUAUUAUGCCGGCACCGCAGCGACGCUCCCCACGUGCCGCGAGCUCGCCGGCCGCCGCCGCCACCGCGCCGCGCCGCCUCCUCAACACCACCGUCUAUAG